CGAAAAACCACACAAACAAAACAAGGAGCUACAAUCAACGAUCCAAGUUUGCAGUGGAAAUAUAACAACAAAGGGAAGGGGAAGGUGAAAAAGUUUAAUUAUGGCACUCAAUCAACAUCAACAUCAUCAUCAUCAUCAACAGCAGCAACAACAACAUCAGCCAGAAAAUUCAACAUUUAUUGAUGAUAAUCUUGACACCUGUCCAUCGUUAACUCUAUUGAAUUUACCUGAAAGCCCCAUAUUACCGCCCAAGCAACGACGACACCAGGAUGCCAACAACAACAACAACAACAACAAUCAUAAUCAAAAUAAUAAUAACCAAGCUCCUGUUCCUGUUCCUGCGAUUGCUCCCACUCCUUCUUCUGCAUUUGUUGAGCCACAACAAUCAGGCAAAAAUAAAUAUAGCAAGUCAAACGGAAGUGGAAAUGAAAAUGGAAAUGCUGGCCACCACCAGAACCAACAGCAACAUCAACAUCAACGCCAUAAUCAGCAUCAUCAUUAUCAUCAACGCCAACGUCACCGUUCCAUUUCAUUAUAUGGCGUUAACAGUACUGUGGAGCAAGGCCAUAAGGAAAUACCCAUUUGGAUGGACGAUGGCGAGCCGCGUUAUGUGUCGGGUGUAACAAAUAAAACCACAUGCAAUGACAUAAUCAAGGCAUUGAUUGAUGAUGAGCUGAAAAGUGGCAACAGUGCAGCACAACAAAAACAACAACAACAACAACAAGUUGCGCAUUUCUUUGAAAAGACGUGAGGAAUUUCAAGAACCUUUGGCUCUGCAACUACAACGACCAUGUCUCUAU